AUGCUGGUAACCUAUUUGGAAGCCAGCCGGGACCUUUGCGAGACGGACACAGUUCUUUUUGGCGCCGCAGUGGCAGCUUGCCGUAUUAUUGGCGCCAAACUUCCCAUGGCUGGACGCGCUACUAAACAAAGUAGCGCCAUCCCAGCCUGGAGAAAAAGAAUUGAGGACCGUAUCGCAAAGGCAAGGGCCCUUAUCGGCAGACUGAUAAGCUUCAGGUCGGGUAAUAAUAGACCGAGGGUUGUGCGCACCGUUAGAAUGGCGUUUGCUGGGACAAAUAUCAGUUUGUCCCAGCCGGAUAUCACGCAGAAACUAACGGAGCGCAUAGACGACCUGAAGCAAAAGAUUGCCGCUUGGGGGAAGCGGAUUCGCCGAUUUACCGAGAGGUCAAGGCGGUUCAACCAGAAUCGUCUCUUCCAGAGUGAUCAGAAGAGGCUCUACAAAUCAUUGGAGCGACCAGAGGUAUGUGGAGCGGGCCCAGGACCGGAUCAGGCUAACACUGUCGCAUUUUGGCGUGGCCUGUGGUCAGAGCCCGUAAACCACAGCGAGGGCCCUUGGACGGAAGUUGUGGCGAGUCAGUGUGCGAGUAUUACGCCCAUGGACCCCGUCAUCAUAACGCCGGAUGACGUAGCUGAGGCGGUCCGUAGAGCCCCGAACUGGAAAAGUCCGGGACUCGACGGACUGCAUCACUACUGGCUGAAGGGGUUCAUGGUGUGUCACGCUGUGCUCGCCCGUCAGUUUCAAGAGGCUCUCAACCAGAAGUCGCUCCCUAGCCUCUUCAGUACUGGGAUCACUCAUUUGGUUCCUAAAGACCAGCAACAAGUGGCUGUUAUGCCGGACACGCUGCCUGAUCACGACUACCCCGAGAUUCACGGUGCAACUACUGUGCGCAACACGGGCAGACAGCGUUUUUGA